UCACAUUCUGCUGUUACAAGAUGUAUAAAGGUAUUUCAGAGGAAGAUAUUUCUGUUUUUACUUCAGUACAUUCUGAAGCUGUAGUUGCUUAUAUUGACAUUUUUUUCUUGCACAACAAAUGAGACACUGAAUACAUUGCAUUGCUGUUUUUAAACCACCCACCAGGUGAGAUCUAAUUAGACCAAGCACCACUUUGGCCAGAACCAUACAACAAUGCUGCUAACAUGUUAAUGCAGCAGUACUCUAAACCCUAGGGACUAUCUGUCACAUUUUGCACUACUUUGGCUACCUCAGUGUAUUUUACUGCAAACACUUGUUUACAUUCAUAUUCAAUAUUUUGAAAGCAGGACUUUAUUUGUAAUGAACUAUUUUUCCAUUGAGAUAUUGCAACUUAUACUAAAAUGUACUUUUUGUAAAUGUAUUAACUUAUUUAUUACUUAAGGGAAAGGAUUUAAAUAUCAAGUGGAAGUAGGAAUUCUCAACAAAUACAUAGUUGUUAGAAUUAAGUUUAGCCUCUAAACUUUGUCUAAGGUGAUUGGGCAACAUGUCGACAAUGAUUCUCUAUAUGCAACACCCUAAUAGGUGUUGCUUUUCAUAGAAUUUUACUGUUAUUUGCUCUCUGCUCUGUUCACACUGAUCCACAUUAUAUCGUAUGAAUCUCAAGACGAUGACGUUACGAAACACCUGUCCUGUACCUUGAAGAAAUUCUAGAUUCUUCAUAAAAUUGCAAGUAGCAGGAAAAACUUCAAGUAUGGGGGCGUCAACAUUUAUUUUAGAGUUCAGAAUAAGCUAGGAUUGACAGCAGGGCCUUGACUAAUGCAGAAUAUAAAUCGUAAUAGCUUUUUAUGAUAUAAAGCAACACCUAAUGGAGUGUCUGGCCUUCUGGCUAUAAAACUAAAUGUCACUGUCGCUUUGUUGAGCCUCAUUAUCAUACAAAAAACUGAACAUUGACGUCACACUUCUAAUAAAUAUACAAAAUGUGACUGUAAAUAGCUAUCUCCACCUGUCCCCCGUCGCCAUUGAUAGGAACGGUUUUCCGACUCUGUCCAUCUAUGCUGGACGUACUAAUAAAGGUGAGUUUUAUUGUAUGACUAUGAAGAAGUGAAAGCACACAUUUAACAUCUUACCAGAACAAGGCCUCUAAAUAAUGUGCAUGAAUCAAUCUGAUUCAGUGACCCAUGGAAAAUUCUCGGCUGUCCUAAAUUGAGUUAAAAUGUCAGAUGGCUUAUGGGCUAAAGGGCCUUGAACAUUUUAGCAUUUCCACUGAACCUCUGUGCAAGUAAUUAUGCAGUUUAUCUGUGGGCUGAGUCAAGGGGAUUCAAAUGGCCCAAGAGUUUAAUGAGAUGGUAACAUAAAAACAUUAGUCAUUUGGCUGCCCACUUUCUCCACCUGCUCCCCUACGGGAUGUUGUUGAGAAUGACAUCUGAAACACCUGCUUCGAUCCCAUUUACAAAGUCAGUAAAACAGUCAAUCAAGCUGAAGAGCUGGUAAAACAUGACUGUGCCCUUGAAGCAUUGGCCACAACACUUGUCUUUUUAUUGAGCCUAUAAUUCACCUGUGACUGCCUGGUGAUUUAUGGCAGUUAGAAGGGAUGGGACUAUGGAUAUUGCUGAUGGCUGUUGUGGCCAGCAAAAGUGUGUGUGUGUGUGUGUGUGUGUGUGUGUCUGCUGUGGGGCAUGCAGGAGGGGGGAUAGGCUACAGCUGGAAGUAUAUAACCCAGUUGGGACUAACAGAGCAUGUACAAGUCUUCUUUCCACCUGAGGACCACCGUGCGAAUCAGAUCCACUUCCAGCAACAGCGUCCUGUAGUGAUGAAGUGUAACCAUCUCCUGUCCUGGGCCUUCUUGCUCGUGGCCUCUGGCCCACUGCUGGCCCACCCCAUCACAGACUCUGCAGAGAUGCCCUAUCCAGGACCUGUAUCAGUGGAGGACGGAGGAGUCGGCGCCCUGGAUGAUCUGUCUCUCUCUGAGCAAACCUUCCCUCCUCAGGAUGGCGGGCUCAGAUAUUCCACUCUAAUAUCUGGGGAGUUUAACCGAGAUGGUGUCAGAACAGGCCUGCUUCCCAGGGGGAUGAAAAGAGAGGUCCUAUUGGAGAAACAGAGUCUCCUAAAUCCUUUCAGCCAUGUGCUGGGCAUCCGGAAGCAGUUCAGGAAGCGAGCAGGGAAUUCUGAGUGUUUCUGGAAGUACUGCGUCUAAAACUGUAAACAGACAUUGAUGCUACACAAGGGACAGGGCUUGCACUAAAACAAAGAUACAUAUCUUGCACUCACAUUAAAACAUGCAGACAAAAUAAGAAACAUCAUACUGGUAUAUACUGUAUGUGCACAUAUACAUGCCCAGGUGCAUGUACUCACACAUACACACUCACAUACAUAAGCGCUGUCAGUAUUUGUUCACAAAAAGAACAAUGCCAUAGGUAUGAUUGAGACAAGUUGCCUGGGGACUUUAUGGUCAUUUAUUGAAAUAUCUUUUAUGUUGUGUGAAACUAUAUUUAUGUACACACAUUUGUUAAAAUUCCUUGGUUGUCUAAUG